UAUAUAAUUAAUCAAGGUCCUCGCGAGCUCAGCCGACACCUUAUUAUAAAAAAAAUAAUCAAAGGCUUAGUUGAUUGACCUAAGAAACGGAGACGUCACAAAACCCCCCAAAAAAUCCACGCAAACAUAUUUACUACUCUUAAUUCAAACAAAGACAAAAAUAAGCAAAGCAUAAACUCCCCUUUUUUCAAAAACCCUACUUCGCCGGCGCCAUCUUGUCGGAGCCGGAGAAAGUUACUGGUCGGCGGCGGUGGUAACCAAUAUGAAAGUCGUCGCUUUAGUCAGUGGCGGCAAAGACAGUUGCUAUGCCAUGAUGAAAUGCAUUCAAUAUGGUCACGAGAUUGUUGCGUUGGCUAAUUUGAUUCCCGCUGAUGAUGCAACCGAUGAGCUUGAUAGCUACAUGUAUCAAACAGUUGGGCACCAGAUAGUUGUUAGCUAUGCUAAAUGCAUGGGACUCCCAUUAUUCCGGAGGCGAAUUCAAGGAUCCACAAGGCAUCAUGACCUAAGCUACAGUAUGACUCCUGGUGAUGAAGUUGAAGAUAUGUUUAUAUUGUUGAAUGAAGUAAAAAGACAGAUACCCUCUGUUACAGCAGUAUCUUCUGGUGCAAUUGCAUCUGACUACCAGAGAUUACGAGUGGAAAGUGUAUGUUCAAGGUUAGGGCUCAUUUCAUUGGCAUACCUAUGGAAGCAAGAUCAAUCAUUUCUUCUGCAAGAAAUGAUAAGAAAUGGAAUUAUUGCAAUAGCAGUGAAGGUUGCUGCUAUUGGACUGAACCCUUCAAAACACUUGGGAAAAGAGAUAGUAUACCUGGAGCCCCAUCUCCACAAGCUAAAAGAGUUAUAUGGAAUAAAUGUCUGUGGUGAAGGUGGAGAAUAUGAAACAUUAACCCUUGAUUGCCCUCUAUUUAAGAAUGCUCGAAUUGUGCUGGAUGAAUUUCAAAUCGUCUUGCAUUCUUCAGAUUCCAUAGCCCCUGUUGGCAUCCUCCACCCCCUGGCAUUCCAUCUGGAAAAUAAGGUAGAGUCAAUAUCUUCAAAUGGCGUUGAUGAAGGCAGCAAUAUCUGUCAGAGGAACGUGGACACAGUAGUUGAAGUGCAAGGAGAUGUCCAACAAGAAGGUGAAGCUGCUAGAGAAUUUGUUGCUAUAAGCUCUGAGCGGUCAGGUGUUACUAAACAGGAGCUCAAAGUUUCUAAAACAAUGAAGGAUAAUGUCUUUUCUAUAUCUUGCUGGCUCCAUGACUCCUGUAAAAAUUCAUCAGAUCUGCAGGAGGAUCUGGAGGUUGUUCUGAUGAGAAUUGAGGCUCUGCUCGUGGAAAAUGGUUCCUCUUGGGAAAAUGUACUGUAUAUCCAUCUCUAUAUUGCUGAUAUGGAUGAGUUUGCUGUGGCAAAUGAAACCUAUGUCAGAUUUAUUACUCAAGAGAAGUGUCGUUAUGGUGUACCAUCACGGUCCACCAUUGAGCUCCCUCUAUUGCUAGUUGGUUUAGGGAGGGCAUAUAUUGAAGUUUUAGUGGCAAAUGAUUCUACUAAAAAGGUCUUGCAUGUACAAAGUAUUUCUUGCUGGGCUCCUAGCUGUAUUGGUCCAUACAGUCAGGCAACUUUGCACAAUGACAUACUACACAUGGCAGGACAGCUGGGGCUUGACCCAGCAACUAUGUUGCUCUGUGAAGGAGGUCCAGUUGCGGAACUUGAACAGGCACUGGAAAACAGUGAAGCAGUUGCUAGAAGCUUUAACUGUUCAAUAUCUAUGUCAGCCAUAGUCUUUGUGAUAUAUUGUUCAGAAUCUAUAGAAAAAGCCGAAAGAAUUAUUGUCCAAAAGAAAACAGAAACACUUCUCAAUCAAAUGAAGUCGCACCAUGCCGAGGGCACAAAGAAGUCCAAAGUCCUAGAUCCAAUUUUCCUAUAUGUUCUUGUUCCUGAUCUGCCGAAAAGAGCUCUGGUCGAAGUGAAACCUAUGUUUUACACGGGAGAGUGUGUGUCAGGUCCAAGUGACUUUGCCAAGCAAUCACAAUCCACAGGACAAGGUUAUUGGGGGCUUGACAUUUGCCUUCAGAAAUGUGUUGUUUACGGCAAAAUAUGCACAACAAUUCUUUCAGUUACUGAAGAGCUUGCGGCAAAAAUUUGCUCCCUCACUAGUGUUGCAUGUCCUGCCAAUGUUAUGUCCAAAGGUCUUGUUGAAAAGGAACAAGUCAUACUGAUUGCAAGAUUUUGCAUUUCUCGUCUCGAUGAAGUCCUUUUGGAAAGUAAUUUCUCUUGGAACGACGUAAUGAAUUUCAGGCUCUACUUUGCGAGUUACCUUAAUAUCUCUCAUGGAACAUUGUCUCAAAUCUUCUCUGAUGUGUUUAAUGAACUUGUUCAGAUGAGUCGGAGAAAUAAAGUAGACGCUGAGCCUAUUUUAAAUAUAGUUCCUGUAUUGGGUGCUGGGAGCUCUUUAUCGACAUUGGAUGAUAUAUUCACAUGUGAACUCAUUGCUAGCAAAUGUUAGUUCUCAUUUUAGUUGGGGAAUGAUAUAUUAUAUGUUCAAUUCAGAAAAAGAGAGCUUUGAACUUGACCAAAUGAAUAUAUGAACUUGACCAAUUGUUGCAAUUUACACUUCACACAAAAUGAAUAUAUGAAUUGGAUCUCAUUUCUGCAAA